AUGUGCGGCCAGGUGCCACAGCACUAUUCACAGCUUCUGGGGGCGAUACCAGGCGUACCAGCGUCUGGACAAUCCACCGUAUCGACGUCGGGACACCAAAGUGGGGGUGGGGGUAGCAGUUCGAGCGCCAAUGCCCAGCGCAGGACACGUAAAAUCGGAACCCAAGAACGACCGCUUGAAACGGGCUAUUAUGACAUCCUGGGCGUACCCGUGGACGCUACGACGGACGAUAUAAAGAAGGCGUAUCGUCGACUGGCGAUCAAGCACCAUCCAGACAAGAACCCUGAUGACCCCACCGCAGCAGCACGGUUCACCGAAAUCGGCAUCGCCUACCAAACCCUCUCUGACCCUGCCCUGCGCAAGAAAUACAACGAAUUCGGUGCAAAGGAGAGCCAGCCUGAAGGAGGUUUUGUGGAUCCGGAGGAGGUGUUCGGGGCUAUCUUUGGCGGAGAGCGGUUCGUACCGAUCAUUGGACACAUCGGGUUGGCGCAGGAGAUGAAGGCAGCUAUGCAGGAGGACGGGGAGGAUGAGGAAGGUGAUACGAAGGAGAAGAAGGAUCCCAAGACGAUGACACCGGAGGAACGAGCGAGAAAGGAGGAGAAGGACAGGAUCAAGGCGGAGAAGGAGAGACAGAGGAACGCAGAGAAAGCAGCAGCGCGCGCUGAACGAGUUGGCCAAUUGGUCGAGAACCUCAUCCGCAAACUCAGCAUAUUUACCGAGUCUGCAACAGGCCCGAACGAUCCCGACGUUACGCGGAGUUGGAAGACUAUCUGCGAGCUUGAGGCUGAGGACCUGAAACGCGAAUCCUAUGGCGUGGACCUGCUGCACGCCAUCGGUUUCGUCUACGCUGCCAAAGCCAAACACCAUCUCGCCACGAAUCAGACUAUCUUCGGAAUGGGCGGCUGGUUGCACAAUGUGCAGGGGAAGUACCAUGUAUUCAGCGAAACCGUAUCCACCCUCCGUGCAGCCAUCGAACUCAAGGCCGUGUUCGACCAAAUCGCCGCGGCCGAGAAAUCCGCCAACGGUCUCUCCCCUGAGGAACGCAGGAAGCUCGAAGAGCAAGCUGCUGAGAAGGGCUUGCAGGCUUUGUUCAAGGGCACGAAACUCGAGAUCGAAUCCAUCCUCCGUGAAGUCUGCGAUCGCGUCCUCUCAGAGCCGUCACUCUCGCGUGACAAACUGGCUUUGAGAGCUGUUGCCCUGCAGAUGCUCGGAGAGGCGUACAUGAACGUCAAGCCGGACCCCGACUCGACGUCUCCUUCCAUGCAGAAUCCCAUGGGAAAUCCGCAAGCCGCUAAUUACAACCCGGAAGAUGAAUAUGUGAGGAUAGAAACAAAGAGGACGCGGGCUGAAGCUAGCGCAAAGCAAAGACCAGGAUGA